AGGGAGCUCACUCGGUGGGUCUGAUGUGGUGGAUGCUGGCCCGGGAAGUACUCCGUAUGCGUGGCACUAUCUCCCGUGAGCACCCAUGGGAGGUAAUGCCUGACCUUUACUUCUACAGAGACCCAGAGGAGAUUGAGAAGGAGGAGCAGGCUGCUGCCGAGAAGGCUGUGACCAAGGAGGAAUUUCAGGGUGAAUGGACAGCGCCAGCGCCAGAGUUCACUGCUGCUCAGCCAGAGGUGGCCGACUGGUCUGAGGGUGUGCAGGUGCCCUCUGUACCCAUCCAGCAGUUUCCUACUGAAGACUGGAGUGCCCAGCCAGCCACUGAGGACUGGUCAGCAGCUCCCACAGCACAGGCCACUGAGUGGGUUGGAGCCACCACUGAGUGGUCCUGAGCUGCUCUGCAGACAGCUGAGCAAAGGGAAAAAAGGUGGAAGGAAAAUAAAGUUCUUACAAGUUG